GGUACAAAAUUAAAAAAGAGACUAGAUCGUGGUGAUAAAGGAAUAAACCCAUUGGAUGCUGCUUGUCGUGAUCACGAUAUUGUGUAUGCAACGAGUAAAAAUUUAGACGAUAGACAUAAAGCUGAUAAAGUGCUAGAAAAUCGUGCUUGGGAGAGAUUUAAAGCAAAAGAUACACCUAGAAAAGAGAAAUUAGUUGCGUACGCAGUAACAAACGCAAUGAAAGCUAAAAGAAAAAUAGGUAUGGGUUGCAAACGGAAACGUGCUAUAAAAACAAAUUGUAUACUAGCAGCGAAAAAAAAAAGAAUCUCAAAAAAAAAGAAUGGUGGUAAAAGGUUGAUUUUAGUACCGAGACAAUCAGGAGGUGCAAUUCCCUUAAUACCUAUAUUUGCAGGAUUGUCAGCACUUGGUAGUUUGAUGUCUGGAGGUGCUAGUGUGUAUAAUGCGGUUCAAAAUUCAAAAAGAAAAAAAGGCAGUGGUUUGAAAUCAAACAAGAAUAGGUUAAGGAAAAAAAACUGAUGAUCACGCUACCUGAUAGACCGCUUUCGUCUCAAGAUAUUAUAAAAUACAUCGGAAAGUUGAAAAUCAAUCAUUUCCGUGGUGUCUUUUCACGUGAUAACUUACCUAAAAAACCACAUACGAUUGAAUGUGGUAUAUUAAACUUGGAUACAUCUUCAGGCGACGGAAGCCAUUGGGUAGCGUUUUAUAAAAAUAAGGACAAAGUUGUAUAUUUUGAUAGCUUUGGUGAUUUACCACCACCAAUUGAAUUACAACAUUAUUUCAGACAGUUCAAAAUAGUAUACAACUAUUCCAACUAUCAAGACUUCAAUACAUUUAACUGUGGUCAUUUAUGUCUUGAAUUCUUGCAAUGCAUGAAUCUAUUACAUUAAAUCUAACUGGAAAUUCAACUGUAUUGUCGGUAAAUUAUUUUCCAUCUCUAAACGUUUACGAGGAUUCAGAAAUAGCUUUGUUAUCUUUGCAAACGUGCAAUUCAUUUCCAAAUAUUAUAAAUCCAACUAAUAACCGGCUGAGAAUAAAAUCAAUUCCUCCAGAUAGAAUAGCAAAAAUUCAAUUUUUUGUACCAGUCGAAUGCCGUGACAUAGAAGAUAUUAACAAAUAUAUGGUAGAAGAGUUAUCUCAAGUUAAUAAAGUCUACGGAACAAAGCUGACAUUCAGUGUACGUAUUGAUCCUGUCGAUUUUAGAACGUAUAUAAAAUGUAAUGGAAUACUAAACUUUGAGCAUCCGUAUAGUAUAGCACCUGUUUUUGGGUAUAGAAAGAAAGUUUGUGGACCGUUUCAUGAAGAACAUCGAUCGGAUAAAGCUGCAAAUUUAAACACAAUUAAUUCUAUAAAAGUAAUGUGUAAUAUAGCACAUGGGUCAUUCAACAACCAACUUCAAAGCCAUUCGAUAUAUGAGUUUUUCCCAAGUGGGAGAAGAGGAACAAAGGUUGUUCAAUCUCCGGUAAACCUUAUAUAUUACAGAUUAAACAAAACAGAUAUUAAUUCAAUUACUGUUCAGUUAGUUGACCAAAACAAUAAUCCAAUUGACAAUUUUAACGAAACGUUAACAGUUGUUCUGCAUAUUAAACGUCACGGAUCUCAUCAUUAAAUUUAUAUCUUAGAUUUUGUAAUGUAUGAGUCAGUUACUUUAAGUUUAACUGGGAAUGCUACCAUAUUAUCUGUAAAUUAUUUUCCGUCUAUAAACCUUUACGAGGACUCAGAAAUAGCUUUGUUAUGUUUACAGUCAUUUAAUUCGUUUCCAAAUAUUAAUGAUAAUAAUAAUAAAUUUUCUAUACAAGUAGCUGAGAAUGAAAACAAUAAUGAUCCUAUGAUAUGUUUUAUUACAUUGGAAGAGGGUUGUUAUGAAAUUGAAGAUAUUAAGCAACGAGUUAAGAAGCAAAUAGAUGACUAUAAUAGUAAAAACUUAACCAAUUUAACAUUCGACAUUACAGUUGAUCCUAACGAUUUCAGAUCGUAUAUAAAAUGUAAUGGGAUA